UACCCUCGGCGCCUGUUGAUAUAUCGUGCACCGACGCUGGAGCUUGCGACGAUAGGUACCAUCAAACUUACAGGCCUGGGCGCCUUCGCCAUGGCUUGUCUUGUCAUUGCUCCCAAUGUCUACUUCGACGAGUCCAGUCCCCUGUGGAUGACCCCUGCAGUCAUCGUCGUGUCCGCAACUCUUCUCCCUCUCUUUCACGUCUUGACGAGGCCUUCCGUAGCCACCAUCUUCAUCGACGCUCCCGCUACGGCCCGUCGUUCCAAGGAGGCAUUGAUCUCUUUUGCUAAACGUCUCCCUCUAGACACUGCCUUGGAGAUUCAGACGCUAGGUCUCCUUGCUGUACCCAGGACAAAGACAUUGCGCGUUGGAGAAUUGAGACUUCGCCCCGAAGGUUGGGGUCGAUUGGCCAAUCUUGAGCAGGUCCACGCCAUUGACAAAACCUCCAAGGUUCCCAAGUGGGCAAGGUGGUCGCUGCAGCGUUUCUACGCUCGCCCGGUCGCCUCUCGCUGGAAGAACAGCCGUGCUCCUGAAAUUUGGCCUCUGGUCUUUGAGGCCAUCACUAGGAAUACCGUCGCCAACAUGUCCAAGAAGAAUCUGUCAACACCUGUGAGUGUGGUGCCUCCAACUCGACCACAGCUGCCUGCAAGUGUGGUGCGACCAGCUCAAUCACCACCUUCAGUCGUGCAGGCAAAGGUGCCGACUCCUCAGAAGAAGGCGCCGGGUUCCAAGACUGUACCAACAGGUAGACAAAACAUGCGCAGAAAGUAG